GAUAAUAUGUAACUUUACUGAUAACUGUAAAACACGAAACAUAUAUUAAACCAGGUUUAACCAAAGAAUGAAGAUUAUUUUUAUCAGAAAAACUCGCCCUAAGUAAAUUGCAAAAGCAGCUGUUCGGUUAAAGUCCGCCUAAAUUUGUCCCGCGUUUAAACUAACAGCAAAUUAAAUCUAGUUUAACUGAGUAGUAAGAAACCCUCCCUCAAUCAGCUAAUUUUGUUUGCUAGUUUAAGCGCCCGAUUGAGGUGGUUGCAAUUAUUGCAAAAGUGUAAACAGCUGAUGCAAAAAAAAUUAAUACAAUUUUAUUAAAAUAAACAUAAAAAUGUUUGAUUUAUCGAUUAGUAUAUAUUAUGGGGACUUCACAAAAACUCGCUCCAAAAGUCCAAUCGAUGGACUUUAAAACAACGGUUUUAUCUCUGUUAAUAUAUUCCAAAAUAUGUAUUUUUAUAUAAUUUAAAACUGAUUUAAACUUUUAGGUUAAGAUAUAUGAAGAAGGAACAAAGGUUUAAAACAUAUUUAAGUCGACGACACAUUGGACACAUACCUAUGUCAUCUGAAAUGUGACAAAUUUGUACAUAUAUAGAGAUCACAAGGCUGAUGUAACGUUUCAAAUAUUACUAAAAGCAGGUUUUCACAGUUUUUAUGAAUCGAUAUCACAUAAAAUCUAUUGUGAUAAAUAAAUUCUGAGUUCAGAUUCCACUUUGUUGUAGUUCCACUUUUCCAAACUUUGUUAGACUGUGUACCAAAAUCAACUUACGUACUUAAUCUUUAAAGAGCACAGAAUUCUUUCGUAACUUUGAAACGAACUUGGCAAAUUGUUUAUUUCUUGCAGCUUCUAAAGAUCUCCAAAUAUUAGCUUUUAAGGAAAUUGUUACAUUAUAUUAAAAUAACUUUUUUCUAGUUUAUUUGUUUACAUAAAAUAUUGGUCACUAAUGUUAAUGACCAAAUCAAUCAUCAUUCACUUUACAUUAUGUUUAAAAUUUAAAUUUCCGCUUACAAUAUAAUUUUUACCUAUUAUCUAUUCAUAACUGCUAAUACGAAAUCUGUGGUUAAACAAAAUUAUAACAAUGACAAAUUUUAAUGCUUCACUUAACAGUGGAAUAAGUUGUUAACGCUAUAAAUGCAUUGGAAUCUUUGAAUGAGUUUAGUAGUUAAGAAAUACAUUUAACAACGAUGACAACAAAAGGAUUUAUAUUAUUAACAGUGCUUUGUUAUAUAAAUUUAUCUUAUGCAAGGCCACAACAACAAGAGCAAACGUUGAAAAGUUUUUGGAAUACAGCUAGACCAGGAGAGCUCUUAAGAUCCUUGGAUACUAUAACUUCAGCCACACAAUAUUUUACACAACCUGUGGAGGUAAAACGUGAAAUAAAUGAAGACCAAGCUGAAAAACCACAAAAAGUGCAAUUGUUAAGAAAAAGUGAUGAGUUAGCGGAUAAUUUAAAGGAUAUCGAAGAGAAUAUAAAACUUAACUCCAAUAAAGCAGUAUUACAAAGAAGAAUUGGCGACGGAUCAGAAGAGAGCUUAGAGGAGAAAUCUCCCUAUGAUUACGAUAAAGCUUAUGAGGAAUUUGUAAAGAAAUAUUUUGAUGAUUCUGUAACAGAUGCCCUCUCAGCUAGUGAUAGUACGGAAAAUUCUCAUAACGAACAACAUGAUGCUGAGGCCUAUAGUGGUGAAGAGGAGCUAGAAUCUAGUGAGGCCCUCGAACCUGUUAUUGAAGCCAGUAGGAAAUCAUCUAAAACAGAAAAAUGUAAAAAAAUUGUACGUGGCCAAGAAAAUUGUUUAAUUUGUAAAAAUCUACGCAAUGGAGAGAAUUCCGAAAGCUGUUCGUACAAUAAAGAAACUAAACCGCUAAGUUAUGGUUUUGAGAAACAAAAAAAUUUUCGCAAAUAUAGAGCCACACCAAAAAGUAGUGAAAAGGAAGAGUUAAAUUCUAAUGAAAAGAUUGCAAGAACAGAUAACAACAAUGCCAAUGUAACAUCCUCCUGUAGUAUAAACAAAAUUAAAAAUAAAAUAUGUUACCAUUGUGAAACAGUUAAAGGUAAAAAAACAACAAAAUGUUAUGUAGAAGAGACACCCAUUGAACGUACUAGAGAUAAUAAGAAAAAUAUACAAAAAUCUCAACAAAGAAUCUUUAAAAGAACACUUUCCUAUAGCUAUGAAAAUACUCCUUACACAAAGGGUAUGAAAAAUAAUACACAAAUUUUGGAUAAACCUUUAAUACAGAAACAUUUUCUACUUAAAAAUUUAAAUAAAAAUGAAAGAUAAAUUCCCCCUUGUUUUUUGCCUCGAAAAUGUUUUAUGCAUUUUUUUAUUAAUCAUAAUGUUUUAUAUAUUUUAUACACAAUUAAAUUUGUUUUAAACUUAUUCAAAAAAAAAAAAAAAUAAAAUAAAAUAAUCAUUAAAACUUAAAUUAGUUUUACACAAUCUAAAAAAAAUUGUUAAAUCCUCAACUUUUUUUUUCUCUGUCACGGCUAAGCUUAAAAGUAUGAUUAUAAAAAUAAAAUUCGUUAAUGAUAUUUAAAGGUAUUUUUAUUAUUUAUUUUCCUUCUGGUAUUUAUUUUUUUUUAGUUUUUAAUUAUUAUUGCACAUUACACUUUUUGCGUAUUUCUUUAAAACGCUUACAUUUCCUAUUAACGCUUUUAUCAUAAUAUAAAAAAUAAAAACAAUUUCAAUGGCACUAUGGCUUUUUAGCAGAAGUAUUAAGUUUUAAGUGGAAAUCAUUUUGUCUAUUCAACAAAAUGAAGCUUGAAUAAAAUUAGAAAAUCUUUAUUUAAGCAAAUUAUAGAAUUUUUUUUGCUUUAUUUUAAAAACGAAAAUUGUAAAAUUUUUUAAGAAUAAUUGUAGUGUUGUUUGUUUAACUAGUAAUGUGCGUAAAAAAUAAUACAAAAAAUUUUUUAAUUUGUUAAUGAUUUGUGCUAAUUUUUUCCUUUUUUUCUCCCUUUCAGCAACUCUCACUCUAUAGUGCAAACUUUUUCUCAUUUACUCACUCGUUUUAAUAUGAAUUCUCAAAAAGUGGAGAAGGAACUGUUCCCAUAUGUAUUUAAUCAUACCCUAUUAUAAAACUUUCUUUUUAAUGCCAAUUUUCUUUUAUGUUAUUUUGUUUAUUAUUUUGUUUUUAAUUUUAAUUAAAUGUAUGUUUGUAUGUAUGUAAGUAAAA